CCGGCAGCCCCCCGAAAUGCCACCUACCAGUCGUACGCUUCUACCUUGGCCCAGAAGGGGCACCCGACCCUCCUAUACGUAGCUCCGUCGCACACUGCUUUUCUGAUCUCCAGCUACUCCGGCGCCGCCUUCUGUUUCUCCUAUGCCGCGUUCAACUUCUGGUCCAGCUAUCUCAAUCCGCCCCCGGGCCUCUCGACCUGGGUCCCCAUCGCGUUCGGCGCGAUCUGCGUCGGGAUGAGCGCGAUGGGAGCCUGGCUCAUGCUCGGCCCCUCCCGCAUCGUCAGGACCAUCACUGCAAUCCCAAAAGUGCCCACUGUGACCGCCGCCGCGGGGAAGAACAUAACUGCCUCGGGCACCCCCGAGCUCCAGAUCGAGAUUGAGCUGCGCAAGAUGUUCCCCGUGCCGUUCUUCCCGGCGCGCAAGCUGUACAUCCAGCCCGAGCAGCUGGUCAUGGACUCGCAACUGGUCCGGCCCGUGGAUAGGCGGCUGUCGCCCGCGGAGGUGCAUGCGAUGCGUAUGCAGGAGGAGGCCGAACGACAGAAACAGCUGGAGUACGAGCGGUCGCAUAUCCUAAGUGCGCCGUUCAGGCACAUGAGCAGGGCUUUCUACUCGCUGUUCAAAGCCAUAGGCAGGACGUGGACAAGAGAGGGAUUUGUGAAGGUGGGGGCCAAUGGCAAGAUGUAUAAACUUGAUAUCACCGGCGGCUGGGCACUGGAUGGCGGGAAGGCAUUGGAUCGUCUAGCGACGCUGAAG